UGCCAGCGCUCGGUUUCAGAAUCUUAUCGACUUGUGCAAAAAUAAUUUUCAACUCUUUUCGAUGCGUGCCCAACUUUUAGCGAUUUUAUUUGUUCUUGCGCUCGGUUUGGUUCAAGGCUAUGAACCAGACACGACAACCGUUCGAAGCGAUGUACAACAACCGAAGUCCACGCCUUCUUUCAUAAUAUUACUUUUGCGUCGCAUCUUCUUUAUACAUUAUCAAAGCGUAACUUAUAGUAACGGUUCAACCGAGAGAUCUACGCGGGUGAACAUCGUGAAUGUUCUGUCACCACCAUCAGCUGUAACGGUUGCCACCACUAAUACAAGACGAAAGGAUUCGAGUGCAGGAAAUGGGGCUGCGACUCUUGAUAAACCACGUGUUGAUUCCUUUGCAGGCCUUCAUCCGACCUAUAAGUGGAAGUUUCCGAAAAAGUAUGCUGGUGAUUUAAAAAAAGACAUGUCUGCAAAAGGAAAGCGACAACUCCAAAAGAAAUUAUAAUGUGUCAGUAUUAUAAUUUUUCACCUUGUUUUUUG